AUGCCUUAUGCCGGCGAGGAUUUGGGCAUCUUGGCAAAGAAUAGUGGAGGCAACCUACCCAUUACACUUCAACAACUUCAAGACCUAGUCCGAGGCGUUCGAGAGCUUCGGAAGUACGAGCUUUUCCAGGGUGACAUAAGGCCGUGGAACACGCUCCUUCAGCCUUCAACAACGGCUUCCAAGCCGCGUCUAAUGCUCAUCGAUAUCGACAUGGAGCUCCCAGGAUAUCCUGGAGAUGCAAAGGCAUUAGGGAAACUACUGCAGUGGUGUCUCGAAAACUCGAUGGCAUUGAGUGAAGAUAAACAAGCUAAAGUGAAGCUUAUUAAUGCCGUGAAAGCGCUCUUAAGUGAAAAUUUCGACAUGGCUAUUGACUGCCUAUCUGCGACAGAGCAGUCUAUGCGACGAGGCCCCCCCUUCUACUGUAUCUAG